ACGUCACUUCCGCCUCUAAGACCCCGGAUGAAGCUGCCAUUGGGGCAAGUGAGCAGGGCCACCGAGGUUGGUCGGAUUUAAUGUAACGGUGAAGGGGGGUCGAAGCGGAUAAACGUAUCUCUGGGUUCAUGUGGACGGGACAGCGUGGAGUUGCAGCAGCGCUACGACCAUAAACAAACUGUCCGCUGCCCGAGCAGAGUCACCGGCCAACGGCGGUUGCUAACUGUACUUAACUGUUAGCAAAGUAGCGCGGAGCAGCUUCUCCGGCUAUUAGCCGCACACACGGCGGACACUCUGAACGUCUUGCCAGGCUUCAACCACAACACCAGGUGGAUGAAUGAUGUCUGCGGCCAGUAUCGACCCUCAGACAUCGAAAGGACAAGAUGCAAGUAAAGCCUUUCCAGUUUCAGUGCAGAAUGGCUCCCUCCACCAGAAGGACACAGUCCAUGACAAUGACUUUGAGCCCUAUCUCACCGGCCAGUCCAACCAGAAUAACAGUUAUCAGUCCAUGACGGACCCAUACCUGUCCAGCUACUAUGCCCCCUCCAUUGGAUUUCCCUACCCUCUCAGUGAAGCUCCUUGGUCAACAGGAGGUGAUCCACCAAUUCCGUACCUGACACCCUAUGCCCCCCUCAGCAAUGGAGACCAUCACUUCAUGCACGACACAGUGUUUGGGCAGCCAGGAGGGCUCAGCAGCAGCAUCUAUCCUCACAGGUUUAAUUUUUUCCCAGAGAAUCCGGCCUUCUCUGCAUGGGGCACCAGUGGUUCUCAGGGCCAACAGACUCAGAGCUCAGCCUAUGGAGGGAGUUACAGUUACCCUCCUAGCUCUCUAGGGGGCACCUUAGUCCCAGAUGGCCAGACAGGUUUCCAUAGUGACACCUUGAGCAAGGCUCCAGGUAUGAACAGCCUAGAGCAGGGCAUGCUGGGCCUAAAGAUAGGUGGGGAUGUGACAGGAAGUGGCUCGGGUGUGAAAAGUGCAGGCUCUGUGAUUGGUGGAGGUGGCAGCGUAGCUGCAGCUGUUGCUGCUGGCAAUGGUGGGACGCCAAUCGGAAUGCCCCCUCCAAAACCUACAUCGUGGGCUGCUAUUGCGAGUAAACCUGCCAAGCUGCAGCAGCAAAAGGCCAAGAACAAACCCGGCACACCUAUAUCUGGAGGAAGUCUGCCUCCACCCACCAUUAAACACAACAUGGACAUUGAUUCAUGGGAUAAUAAAGGGACUGCUACCAAGAUAGCCCCUCCUUUGCCACAUCACCACCACCAUCACCACCACCACCAACAGCACCAGCCACAGCUUCACUCCCAUGCUCCCAGUCUCCUCCCUCCCCUUCAACAAUCCAUACAGUCUGCCCAGUCCCUGGUGCAGCAGAUGACCAUGCAGGGUCCUCCACCCCCUCCACAGCCUUAUCACAACCACAACUCUGCUCCAACACCUCAGACCCGGUGGGUUGCCCCACGCAACCGCAACUUGUGCUAUGGUGGUGGAAGCUUGGAUAGCAGUGGCUCCUCUAAUGGUGGCGGCAUCGGUAACGGAGGUGGAGUGGGAUUGCUUCCAGAGCCAGGAUUGGAGUCUCACCCUGUGCUGGAGAAGCUACGAGCGGCCCAUAGCUAUAACCCUAAGGAGUUUGACUGGAACCUGAAGAACGGCCGUGUAUUCAUCAUCAAGAGCUACUCCGAGGAUGACAUCCACCGCUCCAUCAAGUAUUCAAUCUGGUGCAGCACAGAGCAUGGAAACAAGCGUUUGGACUCAGCAUUCAGAGCGAUGAACUCAAAAGGCCCUGUCUAUUUGUUGUUCAGUGUCAAUGGCAGCGGCCAUUUCUGCGGUGUGGCGGAGAUGCGCUCACCUGUGGACUAUGGCACCAGUGCUGGUGUUUGGGCGCAGGACAAGUGGAAGGGCAAGUUUGAUGUGAACUGGUUGUUUGUUAAGGACGUGCCUAAUAGCCAGCUGCGACACAUUCGCCUGGAAAACAAUGACAACAAGCCAGUGACCAACUCUCGUGACACUCAAGAGGUUCCUUUGGAGAAGGCGAAGCAGGUGCUCAAGAUUAUUGCCCAGUACAAACACACCACCUCCAUCUUUGAUGACUUCUCCCACUAUGAGAAGAAGCAGGAGGAGGAGGAGGUGGUGAAAAAGGGCUAUGAGCCUGCCCCAAUACAGAACCGAUCCAGAAUCGAUCAGGAUCGUCAGAAGUAAACAUAAGAAGAAGACUUCUGAAAGCUUCGAUCAGUGGUUGUGCUCGGAUGGACAUACUAAAAUUUAAAGAUUUAAAAAGUUAACACACGGACAUAUAGAAAUUGAAAACUAAUAUGUUUUUCUAUUUAAUUAUUUUGACUUUGGCCCAUGUCAAAACAUUUGAGCCACAUUGCUCCUGGUUCCCAAACUUUAAGAUGAGUGCAGGGAUGAAGCUAGUUCCACCAGGUGAAUCGCUUCAAUAAUAUAUAUUAUUUUCCUGUUCUGUUUUGUUUUUUUUAGCCUUUUAAAUCUCUAUCGCUCCCCCCAGAACUUGCAUUCUUAAACUUAAUAUAAAUAUCUGCACGUCUGUUUUGAAAAUCUCUUGACAACAUGCUGCUGAUAUUCAGUGACUGUUCACUUUGUGGUGUGUGUGUUGGAGAAAUGUUAAAGUGCUUGUAUUGGUUAAUCUUAAUGAGUGAACAACACUUAAUUGACAAAUGUCUGCUAUCUGUUUGUGGCCCGUUGUAUUUUAUAUUAUUAGAAGGAAAGACACUUCUAUGACGGCCCUCUUAUGUUUUCAUGUCUGGGCUGUUCUACCUUGGUAGAGGAAUGUGACACUGAGAGUUUCUGUAUGCAUAGGCCUAAAUGUGCAAGGUUGUGACCGUAGAAAAGCAUAAGUGUUAGUAUUUUGAAGAGAAAAAAAAAAAGACCAACUUGCUUCUAAUUGAUAUCAGUGUAACAUUAAGGUGCAGAAAAUUUAGAUUUUAUUUUUUCUCAGAUUGGAGCCUUAACAUUUCUUUUAAGCAGUAGAAUAAAUGACUUUGUUUCUCCUUAACACUGUACUUUAAAACUCGUCAGCUAGACAUUCAGGGAAAAGAUGUCCAGUUAACAAAAGCUCAAAAAGGCAGUCCCCCCCCCUUUUUUUUUAUCUAAAGGAAUGAAAUUCACAUAAUCUGUAUCGCUUACAGUUUGUUUUCCGUUUCUCUAAUCCAGUGACUUUGAUUUCCCCCUCUGUUCCCAUCUGCUCCAACAGAGUGUCUGUCCGUGAGAUUCUGAAGGAAAUGUAGCAUGUACUGCUUUUAAAACUCAAAGCCAGGCCUGUCCUUUUGGUUCUUUGCUUUUUUUUUUUGUUCUUUCUUAACAUCAUAUUGAUCUCAGCAUUUUCAUUGCUAUAACCUUUCCACGUCAUCCCCCACGAAAAUGUAAGCUUUAAUGUACCGGCAUUUCUAACUAAGAUCGCCUCAAAAUGUUAACUGUAGCAUUAUAUUUAACCGAUUUAUUGUCAAGUGUAUGAACACCCAGAGACUAGCCUAUUAUGGUAUAUGUUUGUGACUUCUUCUUUCUUUUUUUUAAUUGCUUGCUGUAUUGUGUGUAUGUGUAUGUAUGCUGGAGUGAAAGAAACAAGGGAGUACGACUGUGGAGCAAUCAGAGUUAUAUUACGGUAUUGGAAUAUAGAAAAUUUAUUCAAGAAAAAAAAAGUUUUAAGUCACCCCUGAAUUAAAUAUCCAUUGUGUCAGAGGUCACUGUCACAUUCUUAGAUUUGAUCAUGUUCAUUAUUAAAGAUAUUAUUACCUGUU